CGCCCAUCAACUACUCUAUAUCUCAUGCUCAACCCGUGUCAUCGUACAUGCCCUAGAGGUUGACUUCAAAUGUCCACCCUGGGGUGUGCUACGCAAGUAUGGCGCAAGCAGGUCCUAUUACGGACGUCACUCAACGACUCUUCGUUGAGUUGAAGUCUAAGAAUGAAGAAACGCGGGUGAGAGCUGCUUACGAGCUUUACGAUAAUGUCCUUGCUAUCUCACGAGAUUGGCCUCCGGAGAAAUUUCUUGAAUUUUAUAAUGCCGUCAGCCAGCGCAUUGCACAACUUGUCGUCACAGGCAGCGACGCAAAUGAACGAAUCGGUGGCCUACUAGCGCUGGAUCGUCUGAUAGAUUUCGAUGGAGUAGACGCUGCCCAGAAGACUACCCGAUUUGCCAGUUAUCUGCGAAGCGCUCUCCGCAGCAACGAUAAUGGAGUGUUGGUAUACGCUGCCAAAGCUCUGGGCCGUUUGGCUAAACCGGGCGGAGCUCUUACUGCGGAGCUUGUUGAGAGUGAAAUACAGUCGGCCUUAGAGUGGCUUCAGUCUGAAAGGCAAGAAAGCCGACGAGUUGCUGCCGUACUCGUUAUCCGCGAACUCGCCAAAGGGUCCCCAACACUUCUAUACGGCUUUGUCCCCCAAAUCUUCGAGCUCAUCUGGGUUGCGCUUAGGGACCCGAAGGUGGUUAUCCGAGAAACAGCCUCAGAGGCAGUCAGGGAAUGCUUCGAAAUUAUCGCUGCUAGAGACUCUCAGGUUCGAAAGUCGUGGUUCGCACGGAUUUAUGAAGAAGCACUCCAGGGCUUGAAGUCUAACAAUGUAGACUGGAUUCACGGGUCACUACUGGUCCUGAAGGAGCUUCUUCUCAAAGGCGCGAUGUUUAUGAAUGAACAUUACAGGAAUGCUUGUGAAAUUGUUCUUCGUCUCAAAGAUCAUCGUGACCAAAAGAUUCGCGCACAAGUCGUUUUGACAAUCCCUAUCCUUGCCUGCUAUGCCCCGGUUGACUUUACAGAGACGUACCUUCAUAGAUUCAUGGUCUACCUUCAAGCACAGCUGAAGAGGGACAAGGAGCGCAAUGAGGCAUUCAUUGCUAUAGGAAAGAUUGCCAAUGCCGUCGGUGUGGCUAUUGCGCAAUACCUCGAUGGGAUCAUCGUUUACAUCAGGGAGGGCCUGGCCAUGAAAGCAAGGAACCGUGCUGGUGUUAAUGAAGCGCCAAUGUUCGAAUGUAUCAGCAUGUUGGCAUUGGCUGUAGGACCGGCGCUGAACAACUACAUGGAAUCAUUGCUAGACCCAAUCUUCGCGUGCGGACUAAGCGAAUCAUUAACUCAAGCACUUUUUGAUAUGGCUCAUUUUAUCCCACAAAUUAAGCCUACUAUCCAAGAAAAGCUAUUGGAUAUGCUGAGUCUGAUUCUUAAAGGAGCCCCGUUUCGGCCAUUAGGUUGCCCAGAGAGCAGACUGCCUCCUAUUCCAUCAUUUGCGAAAGAUUUCGCCUCGCAAGAGCUGCAUUCGGAUGCAGAGAUAGCACUAGCACUUCACACUCUAGGAAGCUUCGAUUUCUCCGGUCACAUACUCAACGAGUUUGUUCGUGAUGUUGCCAUCAACUAUGUCGAGAAUGACAACUCUGAAAUUCGGAAAGCUUCAGCACUUACCUGUUGCCAACUAUUUGUCCAUGAUCCAAUCAUCAAUCAGACUAGUAGUCACUCGAUACAGGUCGUUAGUGAAGUCAUUGACAAGCUUUUGACGGUUGGUGUCGGCGAUCCCGACUCAGAGAUCCGACGUACAGUCUUGUGGUCCUUAGAUCGCAAAUUCGACCGCCACCUUGCACGCCCAGAGAAUAUUCGUUGUUUGUUCCUUGCGGUCAAUGAUGAAGUCUUCUCCGUCAGAGAAGCUGCCAUUUGCAUCAUUGGGCGCCUUUCAAGUGUCAACCCAGCCUACGUAUUCCCGCCUCUUCGAAAAUUACUCGUCAAUCUUCUGACGGGGCUUGGAUUUGCCAGCACGGCCCGCCAAAAAGAAGAGAGUGCUCAGCUCAUUAGCUUGUUUGUCUCAAAUGCAACAAAACUUAUCAGGUCAUAUGUUGAUCCUAUGGUGACCACUUUGCUCCCAAAAGCGACUGAUACUAAUCCCGGUGUUGCUUCGACUACCUUGAAAGCUAUCGGUGAACUUGCCAAUGUCGGGGGAGGCGAGAUGAAGUUGUACCUUCCACAGCUGAUGCCUGUCAUCUUGGAUUCGUUGCAGGACCUCUCUUCCCAUGCCAAGCGGGAGGCAGCCUUGCGCACACUGGGCCAGUUAGCCAGCAACUCUGGAUACGUUAUCGACCCGUACCUUGAAUAUCCUCACCUCCUUGCUGUGCUUAUAAAUAUAAUCAAGACGGAACAGACGGGUUCUCUACGGAAGGAGACAAUAAAAUUGCUGGGUAUUCUUGGCGCCUUGGAUCCGUACAGGUACCAGCAAAUAAGUGAAACUGCGCCAGACAUUCACCAUAUCAAUGAAGUCCAAACUGUCUCCGACGUCGCUUUGAUUAUGCAAGGGCUUACUCCUUCCAAUGAAGAGUACUACCCAACGGUAGUCAUCAACACGUUGAUGCAGAAUAUACUACGCGAAAACUCUCUCGCCCAAUACCAUUCAGCGGUUAUUGAUGCCAUCGUCACUAUCUUCAAGACACUGGGAUUGAAGUGCGUGCCAUUUUUGGGGCAAAUAAUCCCUGGCUUUAUAGCCGUAAUAAGAGGAUCACCCCCGAGCCGCUUGGAGUCGUAUUUUAACCAGAUGGCAAUAUUGGUCAAUAUUGUGAGGCAGCACAUCCGGGCUUUCCUCCCUGAGAUUAUUGAAGUUGUUCGCGAUUUCUGGGAUGCAUCAUACCAAGUUCAAGCCACGAUAUUAUUGCUUGUGGAGGCCAUUGCUAAGUCUUUAGAAGGCGAAUUCAAGAAAUACAUGGCGGGCCUCAUUCCCAUGAUGUUGGAUACCCUCGAGAAGGACAACACACCACGUCGACAGCCUUCAGAAAGAAUACUUCACACCUUCUUAAUAUUUGGCACUAGUGGAGAGGAGUACAUGCAUUUAAUUGUUCCGUCUAUUGUGCGCCUUUUUGACAGAACUCAAAACCCCCAGAGCAUUCGGAAGACCGCCAUAGAUAGUCUUACGAAACUCUCACGGCAAGUCAACGUAUCUGACUUUUCUUCUUUAAUGGUUCAUUCCCUGUCCCGCGUUGUUGCGGGCAACGAUCGAAUGUUGCGACAGGCCGCUAUGGAUUGUAUCUGCGCUCUCAUUUUCCAGUUGGGCCAGGAUUUCAGUCACUACAUCCAUCUUCUGAGCAAGGUUAUCAAGCGUCACCAGAUCACUCAUGUCAAUUAUCAUAUUCUAGUGACAAAAUUACAGAAAGGAGACCCACUUCCGCAGGAUCUCAACCCUGAUGAGAAUUAUGCAGCCCUAGCGGAUGAUACCAACUUUGCCGAAAUUGGACAGAAGAAGAUGGUUGUCAACCAGCAGCACUUGAAGAAUGCUUGGGAUGCCUCUCAAAAGUCGACGCGUGAGGACUGGCAGGAGUGGAUACGUCGAUUCAGUGUGGAACUUUUGAAGGAGUCACCUUCUCCAGCCUUGCGUGCAUGUGCCAGUCUAGCUGGAAUUUACCAGCCAUUAGCAAAAGAUCUGUUCAAUGCUGCCUUCGUAUCCUGCUGGACUGAGUUGUAUGACCAAUACCAGGAAGAACUUGUUCGGUCGAUUGAAAAGGCACUCACGUCACCUAAUAUUCCUCCUGAAAUCUUGCAGGUUUUGCUCAACCUCGCUGAGUUCAUGGAGCACGACGACAAAGCCCUCCCCAUUGACAUUCGCACACUUGGCAAAUAUGCCGCCAAGUGCCAUGCAUUUGCAAAAGCUCUUCACUAUAAAGAACUUGAGUUCGAACAAGAUCAAAAUUCGGGUGCAGUUGAGGCUUUGAUUACCAUCAACAACCAGCUUCAACAAUCUGAUGCUGCCAUUGGUAUUCUUCGGAAAGCCCAAGCUUAUCGGGAUGUAGAGCUCAAGGAAACCUGGUUCGAAAAGCUUCAGCGCUGGGAGGAGGCCCUUGCUGCCUACAAGAGACGUGAGAAGAUAGACCCGGAUUCCUUUGGCGUCACAAUGGGCAAAAUGCGCUGUCUGCACGCCCUUGGCGAGUGGAAGAUAUUAUCUGAUCUCGCUCAAGAGAAGUGGAAUCAGGCCUCAUUGGAACACCGGAGAGCCAUUGCGCCUCUAGCGGCUGCUGCUGCUUGGGGUCGUGGUCAAUGGGAAUUGAUGGACUCCUACCUGGGUGUUAUGAAAGAACAGUCACCCGACAGGUCAUUCUUUGGUGCUAUUCUUGCCAUUUAUCGAAACCAGUUUGAGGAGGCAACGAUGUAUAUUGAAAAAGCGCGGAAUGGACUCGACACCGAACUUUCAGCAUUACUCGGUGAAUCAUAUAACCGUGCUUAUAAUGUCGUCGUCCGCGUUCAGAUGCUCGCUGAACUCGAGGAGAUCAUUACAUACAAGCAGAAUAUCGGUGAUCCAGAGAAGCAGGAUUCCAUGCGUCAAACAUGGAAUAAACGAUUACUUGGCUGCCAACAGAAUGUUGAAGUAUGGCAGCGCAUGCUCAAGGUUAGAGCACUUGUCACGUCCCCUCGGGAAAACCUUGACAUGUGGAUUAAAUUCGCCAAUCUUUGUCGCAAAUCCAAUCGAAUGGGGCUUGCUGAGCGGUCUCUAGCAUCGCUGGAGACUGUUGUUUCUGAUAACAACGGUACCCGGGCUGUUGCUCCUCCAGAGGUCACAUAUGCUCGCUUGAAAUUCAGCUGGGCUACUGGGCGACAGCGUGAAGCUCUUCAGAUGCUCAAAGAGUUCACUACAAGUCUCACCGAAGACUUCACGAGAUUUAACGCUGUCAUGAUUUCACAGUCAGAGCACAAUGGCGUUAAUGGCGUUAACGGCAUCCAAGAUACAAACCAUGGAGAUAUCAUGGGGCUACGGGAACGUAUUGGGGAUGUCGCUAAGUUCAGAAGGCUCCUUGCUAAGAGCUACCUUAGGCAAGGCGAGUGGCAGACUGCUCUACAAAAGGGAGAUUGGAAACCAGAGCACGUCCGGGAGGUUCUCAACGCAUACUCUGCCGCUACGAAAUACAACCGCGAUUCUUACAAAGCUUGGCAUUCGUGGGCAUUGGCCAACUUUGAAGUCGUUACAACAAUCGCCAGCCAAGCUAGCAAAGAUGGCGCGACAUUGGCCAUGGUUCCUGGGCACAUUGUAGCAGAGCAUGUCAUACCGGCUAUUCGUGGUUUCCUCAGAUCCAUAUCAUUGUCGUCAACCUCAUCUUUGCAAGAUACCCUAAGGUUACUUACACUCUGGUUUACUCACGGUGGUGAUCAGGAAGUAAAUGCCGUUGUUACGGAAGGUUUCACGGCAGUGAAUAUCGACACCUGGCUCGCAGUUACACCUCAACUCAUUGCACGAAUUAAUCAGCCAAACAUCCGGGUCCGAAGCGCCGUCCAUCGACUACUUGCUGAGGUCGGUAAGGUCCAUCCUCAGGCGCUGGUGUAUCCGUUGACCGUUGCGAUGAAAUCAAAUGUUGCUCGACGGUCGCAGUCCGCAAGUAGCAUCAUGGACAGUAUGCGGCAACACAGUGCAAAACUGGUCGAGCAAGCUGAUCUUGUAAGUCAUGAAUUGAUUCGGGUUGCCGUUCUAUGGCACGAGCUCUGGCACGAAGGCUUGGAGGAAGCUUCCCGCCUCUAUUUCGGUGACCACAAUGUCGAAGGAAUGUUUGCAACUCUUGCACCACUCCAUGAAAUGCUUGAUAAGGGGGCCGAGACAUUACGUGAAGUAUCUUUCGCACAGGCGUUUGGUCGGGACCUUGCAGAGGCAAAGCAUUACUGCAUGCUAUACCGUGAAACCGAAGAGAUUGGUGACCUGAACCAAGCUUGGGAUCUUUACUACACUGUAUUCCGGAAGAUAAGCCGACAGCUUCCGCAAUUGUCUACACUUGACUUGAAAUAUGUCUCUCCCAAACUUAAAGACUGUACGGACCUUGAUCUUGCCGUUCCGGGCACCUACCAGAGUGGCCGACCAAUCAUCCGUAUCAUGAGCUUCGAUCCUAUACUUCAUGUCCUUCAAACCAAGAAGCGUCCACGCAGGAUGACCCUGAAGGGUAGCGAUGGCAAUUCAUACAUGUACGCACUGAAGGGACACGAAGAUAUUAGACAGGAUGAGCGAGUCAUGCAGCUUUUCGGCCUCGUGAAUACGCUCCUCGAUAAUGACAGUGAGAGCUUCAAACGCCAUCUUUCAGUGCAACGAUUCCCAGCCAUUCCAUUGUCUCAGAGCUCUGGUCUCCUGGGUUGGGUCUCAAACAGUGACACGCUGCACGCAUUGAUCAAAGAAUACCGAGAGAGUCGCCGAAUCCUCCUGAAUAUUGAACACCGUAUCAUGUUGCAAAUGGCGCCAGAUUAUGACAACCUUACUCUCAUGCAGAAAGUGGAAGUCUUUGGAUAUGCUAUGGAUAACACUACCGGAAAGGAUCUGUACCGGGUCCUGUGGCUUAAGAGUAAAAGCUCAGAAGCGUGGCUGGACCGACGAACAAACUACACUCGGUCCCUCGGUGUCAUGUCAAUGGUGGGUUACAUCCUUGGUCUGGGUGAUCGUCAUCCGUCCAACCUUCUUUUGGACCGGAUUACUGGAAAGGUGGUCCACAUUGAUUUUGGCGAUUGCUUCGAAGUUGCAAUGCAUCGGGAGAAAUAUCCGGAAAGAGUUCCGUUCCGGUUGACUCGUAUGUUGACCUUUGCCAUGGAAGUUAGCAACAUUGAAGGAAGCUACCGGAUCACGUGCGAGGCUGUCAUGCGUGUCUUGAGAGAAAACAAAGACUCUCUGAUGGCUGUUCUGGAAGCUUUUAUUCAUGAUCCUUUGAUCAACUGGCGUCUAGGAGUCCGUGAGUCGCCAGACAGGAUGCCAUUCUCGUCAGAGCGCCGGCAAUCGAUCAUUGGUAAUAUCAACUCUGAACAGGGUGUCCAACCCAGCAACUUCUCCCGCCAUCGACGGCCAUCGAUUCUUGAAGGCGGUAUCCUUGAUGCUCAGGAGGGCAUACCAAAUGAAGCCCGCGAAGCACAGAAUGCACGCGCCUUACAAGUGCUAGCGCGAGUCAAGGAGAAGUUAACUGGCCGAGACUUCAAGCCCACUGAGGAGCUCAAUGUCAGUGAUCAGGUUGAUAAACUCCUUGCACAGGCAACUAGCGUUGAGAACAUUUGUCAGCACUGGAUUGGAUGGUGCAGUUUCUGGUGAUCAAUCAACAUUGUUUUUCUUUGCGGGCUGUGUCUUCAGGCGUAUGACGGCGCAAGUUGCGAUAUGACGGAUUUUGCAUGACACGGGUUGUUUUAUAUCUGAAGUUAUUUUCGCCUGUAGAAUUAUUCUGUCCUAUUGAUUCCCGUUGCUAUACUACGGAUAUGGGCAGUCAGGAUCUGUGUUCAUAAUAAUAACAUCUGACGUUUCAUGC